UCUAUUAUAGAAAUGAAAAAGCAAAAUCAGAGUUCUGUGGUUGAAUUUAUCCUCCUGGGCUUUUCUAACUUUCCUGAACUACAAGAGCAGAUUUUCUGGUUUUUCUUGAUUAUUUACCUGGUAACUUUGAUGGGAAAUGCCAUGAUUAUAGUCAUCAUCUCCUUGGAACACAGCCUCCAUGUCCCCAUGUACCAGUUUCUUCUGAACUUGUCAGUGAUUGAAGUGAGUUUCACUGCAGUUAUUAUGCCUGAGAUGAUUGUGGUUCUUUCAACUGAGAAAACUACAAUCACAUUUGCAGGCUGCUUUUCCCAGAUGUAUUUCAUUCUUCUUUUUGGUGGGACAGAAUGCUUUCUGCUGGGGGCCAUGGCUUAUGACCGAUAUGCUGCAAUCUGCCACCCUCUGAGCUACCCAGUGAUUAUGAACAAAAGUGUUUUCGUGAGAUUAGUGACAUUCUCAUGGGUCUCAGGGAUACUGGUGGCUACUGUGCAGACCACCUGGGUAUUCAGUUUCCCCUACUGUGGUCCCAAUGAAAUCAAUCACCUCUCUUGUGAAACUCCUGCAGUGUUAGAACUUGCAUGUGCAGACACCUACUUCUUUGAAAUCUACGCGUUCACGGGCACCAUUUUGAUUGUACUAGUUCCUUUCCUGUUGAUCCUCUUGUCUUACAUUCGCAUUCUCGUUGCCAUCGUGAAGAUGUCAUCAACUACUGGGAGGCAAAAGGCCUUUUCCACCUGUGCCUCCCACCUCACAUCUGUCACUCUCUUCUAUGGCACAGCCAACAUGACUUACUUACAACCCAAAAAUGGCUACACUCCGGAAACCAAGAAACUGAUAUCAUUAUCCUACUCACUUCUGACACCUCUGCUGAACCCCCUGAUCUACAGCUUGAGAAACAAUGAGAUGAAAAGAGCAUUGAUGAAAUUAUGGAGAAGAAGAGUGGGCUCACACAUAUUCUGACUGUAUUGAGAGCUGUGUGACAUUUGGUGACUGCCUAACCGUAGUGAUUUUAAAUUUCACAGUGAUAAAAUGGCUUUCAGGGGCCAGGUGGUGGUGUAGCACCUAUCUGUAGGGAAGAAGCUUCAUGAGUGGUGAAGCUGUGCUGCAGAUAGCUCUCUUUCUCUCUCUCUCUCUCUCUCUCUCUCUUUCUCUCUCUCCCCUUUCUAUCUCCCUAUCCCUUUCAAUUUCUCUUGUGUCUCUAUCAAAAAUAAAUAUGUAAAUAAU